UAGAUCUACACAAAUUAACGCAUGAAAAGUGCGUCACAGUUGUGUCGUGAUCAAAUUAGAACAUUGUUACCGUGUUUGGAAUUGCCUACAGUUCAAAAUUAUAACACAAUUUGUCAGCGACAACUACAGUGCUGUCCAUCCCCAAAUUAUACGAUCGUUUCAUCGGACUCGACAGUUUUGAUCAGUGUGCUGUGGUUGGAGGACCUGUCCUCUCCAUCUGCAAAAUGACUGCUGUGUACUCAGCAGUAUUACUUCUGUGCAUCCUGCUUAGCCAGGUUGGUCUACCUUCCUGUUCGGCCCAAUGCUUAGAAGGCAGUAUGUAUUUUUGUAACAUCGGAGUUAUCAACAUGACCUCGGACGGAGGAGCUAAGAUACGUAAAGCCAUCGACACCGUGCAAGACAGCUUUUAUGUAGCAUUUAGCAUUGAAAAGUUGAUCGUCAGUAGCAGUGCUUCGGGUCCGUUCCUGCAACGAAUUGCCACGCUAACUGAGCAGAUUUCGUACAUGGCCUAUAAGGAUCCCGUGUUCCAACUGCCGGCAGACAACACACUCACCGAAAUCGAAAUUGUCAAUGCCGUAAUGCUUCGGUCGUUAGUAGCUGGCACGAACCGUCAUUUGACGCGACUAUACGUGGAGAACUGUCUUCUCGAUCGUAUACCACCGACACUCUCCAAUAUGAUCGAGUUGGAGGAGCUGUUUAUCAUACAGUGUGCAUUGACAGCGCUGCGCCUAGAGGUGCUGGUGAACAAUCCUAAACUCACCACCAUCGAUCUGACGCGUAAUCGAAUUCGUCAACUGUUUCCGAUCACCACGCCACCGAAAACUAAGCUAUCUGUAACAUCCCUGAGCUUGGUUGCGAAUCAGCUAGAACAUCUCGAUAUGUCCAUGUUUGCCUUCAUGCCAAAACUGGAACUGUUCGAUGUGCGAGGUAAUCGGAUCGUCCGCCUUGAGGCUACGGCACCAGUAACCUAUGGUUCGCUCAUCCAAAUACUUCUGUCUUCCAACAAUAUUACGCAGUUCGAUACGCGCAAUCUUACUCUUCCGGUAUUACGUUCGCUGUACAUCGACGAUAACGCACUCACCGAACUUCCCACACAUUGGGGCAAGCUACCAAAUCUCGUUUACCUCGGGUUUGAUCGAAACUAUCUGAAACGAAUCGAUAUGAGUUUCUUUGGAAAGUUCCCAACAUUAAAUGCAAUCUUUAUCUGCGAAAACAACGUUGAAACGAUCCGCACCUCCACACCGAUCACGAUGCCAGAGUUAGAUAUCAUGCUGUUCGAAAGCAAUCAGAUUGUGUCGGUGAAUUUUACUGGCUGUAAUUUCCCUAAGAUGAACAUUAUUUCAUUGAUGAACAACCGUCUCACCACGAUUCCGCCACUGUUUCAACGAUUUUCUGAAUCGCGACUGACAAUGGAAGGCAAUCCGAUUAAAUGUUCCAGCAUGACGGUGUUUAAGAGCAAAAUCACUGAUUUUCAACUUCGCGUGACCACCGGCACUACGCAGUCCGACUGUCCCACAACUUCAUCGAUCGUACUGGAUCAAGGUCGGCUAGCUUGCUGUGACGCUUAA